AUGCCUUCGUUGUUUUCCCUUGCCGACCAGCAAGACCUGCCGCGCAGCAUGACGAAGUGCCCGCCAGAGAUUCGAGUCAAUGAGUGGAACGGGCGGAUUGGCAACCAUUACUUUCAGGUGAGCCAGGCAGUCGUGGCAGCCCUCCUGUGUCACAUUACGCAUGUCAAAUUUCCACCGCACAUCUACAUGCAAGUCGGGGGCCGCAAUUAUCAGCAGCAGGAUGGCCUCUUAGACAUGCCUGAAGACCUUACGCUGCCAGCAGGGCUUCGACGCCAUGAAGACUUGAACAUCCCAAUCAGCUGCCCCAUGUAUAACAAUCACACCUGGUACCAGCACCACUGCCGGAUGGUCCCCGCCUGGCACCACCGGCAGGUGAUGAAGGCUUUUCUGCGCCCGUACCUUGGCAAGACUCUUGCAAAUCUUGUGCAGGCACCGCGUGAUGUCGGGACAGACCGCGUUCUCACCAUCCACUUGCGCGCAGAUGAUGUCCAUCGGUGGAACAAGGGCGAGUAUGAGUGGGGUCAGCCGCCAUGUAGCAUGUAUCAGAAGAUCAUUGCCGAGUUUGGGUAUAGGUCCAUGCAGAUUGUCGCAAAAACCAAUCCUGUGACCAGACGGUCGGAUGCUGCUUGUGACGGCUGGCUGGUGGACUAUGGGCGUGAUUUGUCAGCAAUGAUUCGUGCGCAGAACUUGGUCUUGGCCUUCUCCAGCUUGUCCCUCUCUGCUGCGCUGCUCAGCAACGAGCUUCAGGUGAUGUACCGUCGGCGUGACGCACAAUGGUACAGCAUCUUGCACUCGAUCAUCAACUGCAAUGUUUGGACCGGCGUGACGAUGUACGAGUACAAUACCAGCCUCCAGCAAGACAACCAGACCGGCUCCGCAAGCGAAUGGCUGAAAACCUUCCCGCCGGAGCAGAUCACUGGGCCUUUCACUUGCCAACACGGCAGUGAGAUCAAGCCAGAGAUAUGA